AUGGGAUCAAAGGAGCAAUCACUUGCUCUCGUGGUGGUUCUCAUCGUGGCAGCAAUGCUACUUCAGUGUACAGAAUCGCUGGUGCCGUUUGGAGCCAACUACGGGGCCUCCACUGACGCAACCCACACGAGAGUUCAGGCCGGAGGAGACCAUGUGGACCUUGUUCUGGAUGCUACAUCAGCUGCAGCGUUUGCGUCCAAGAACAAAUACUUGUUCGGAAGCAUUGGAAUGGGAACCAAACUUGUGCCGGGGAAUUCGGCAGGCACCGUCACUGCAUACUACUUAUCAUCUGAAGGUGGUCAAUCAGUGCGAAGCGUGCACGACGAAAUGGAUUUUGAGUUUCUCGGGAACUCCUCUGGCCAACCAUACAUUCUACAGACGAAUGUAUUUGCUCAGGGCAAAGGCGACCGGGAGCAGAAGAUCACGCUUUGGUUUGACCCAACUGCUGAGUACCAUAGUUACUCUCUUCUCUGGAAUAAGAACAUCAUUGUAUUCUAUGUGGAUACCGUCCCAAUCCGUGUCUUCAAAAACAACGAAGCCAAGGAUGUUCCUUUUCCCAAUAACCAAGGCGUAGGGAUCUACGCGAGCUUGUGGGAUGGAAGUGCAUGGGCCACCCAAGGAGGAAGCGUUCCAUUGGACUGGAAAGCCGCCCCAUUCGUCGCGUCUUUCAAAGGCUUCGGGGUGGACGCAUGUGCUGUUGGUAAUUCCGUUGCAGCUUGCACGGCUGGCAAUGGCAAUUGGUGGGACUCCGAACAGUACCAAGAUCUGAAUGCCAACCAGAUUCGUCAACUUAAGAAUAUUCGGCAGAAGUAUGUUUUGUAUGACUACUGCACUGAUACUGAGCGAAAUUUGGUAACAACGGAAUGUGCCAGCAACUGGUACGAGUGAAGAUCGUUUCUGAUAGGAUACUAGGGUGGAGUGACCAUAGUCUGAGUCACGUACAGGGUGAAUAAUUCACGGCAACACAGUGCCACUGCGAUUGUGAUGAAUGACCAGUAAGCCGGCCGAUUAGGAAUCAACCGUAAUUUACUGUGAAGA